AUGGCAACCUCAGAUCGUACCUCGACGGUGACAAUCAGGUUCUCGACACCUGGCACACAGCCGCCAAUCUAUCUGGCAGGCUCCUUCUCACAUCCGGAAUGGGAUCCUCAGGAGAUGGAACAUAAGACGAAGGCGGAUGGCGAACUUGAGUUUACAAAGGAAGUCGAGGUUCAGGAAGGGAAACAAUACCAAUACAAGUUCCGGGUGGGAGAGGGUGAAUGGUGGGUGUUGAACGAGGAAGCUCCAACUGUGACCGACAAUAUUGGCAAUAGAAACAACCUUCUUUCUGUCCCUGCAGAUUACGUGAGUUCUGCCGAAUUCCAGCAAGGCAAAAAGAACACCGACAUUCCAUCGUCACCCAACGAGGAUUCAGAAUCCACGGAUAUAGAUACCCAAACCCCAGUGAAAACGAAUACAAAAGUGGUAGGCAAUGUUGCAGAUAACCUUGUCAACGGGUCGGAGAACCUGGAUAAAAAUGUUACGGAGGACAGUGUGCCUGAAAUUCGUCAACCCACCAAUACCGAAGCUGAGGCACCACCGACGAAGGAACCGGUCCAAUCGCCAUUUGCAGCAAAGCACACACCUCGUAUAGACGCUCUGCAGGCAGAGGACUCAGAGGCUCGGGAAGGAGCUCGAACGCCAGAUAUAGCGAAUGUUGCUGCUGAGGUUGCUGAGACGGCGGCCUUCCUUGACCGAGGACAAUCUACCCCACCGAUUUCUGAUGAGGAAGCCGGACGAAUUGGGUAUCGAAGGUUGUCAAACACUCCUAUCCCAGAAGUGGCAAGUACGGCAGCUGAAGUAGCUGAUGUUGCCGCGAAAUUAGAUGAAAACAUAAUUACCGAGACCGAAUAUACACCAAACUUGAAUAUCGUUGAUGACGAUGAUGAAUUUGAUUAUCCACCAACUCCAGAAGAGGAUCGAGUUCCACUAUUCCCGCACGAGUGUCCUGGCCCUACCGAUAAAGUCGCUGAUAGUUUGGAGAGCCGAAGACUUUCCUCGCCUUCGACUCUGAUCAAUCCGGCGCACGAUCUAAGGGCAAACUUUAAUGAUCCUACACUAGUUCGAUUCCCGACCGAUCGUGAUGGUGUAUUUGCGCAGAUCCAUACACUUGAGAGACAAUUACCACCAGACAAUACCUUGCCUGGCUCUCCCGGAUCUCCAGCAAUAGGUACAAUUGCUAGUAGUCGUUCUUUUGAGAGAUUAGACAUGCCGUCGCCGAGACUUCUUGGAAACUCGUCUCCCUCACUUCACGCCAUCAGCGAAGACCAAGAGUUGGACAAUGUCUCAUUGAAUACAAGGCGUCACAGAAACAGCGCCUUGAGAAGUGUUAGUUCCAUGCAAGAUCUCAAUGAAGAAUCUGGGCAUAGCAUCGGGCGGAAGAGUUCAAGCAGCGAGCCUGCAUCGGGGCAGGAUGGCUCAAUUAGCAAGGCCGAGGCUCCCAUUUCUUCAGCCGCGGACGAGAUCAAGAAGCCAAUAACUGAUGAUGCGUCCUCUGAAUCUGUUAUACAUCAUAAAAUUCCCAAACCAACGCCUAAUCCUAAUCCUCUGGAAACUACAGCAAACAAGAAGGAACUUCCAAGCGAGCAAAAAUCGAAAUCCGAUAUUGAUACAACACCCAGUAAGGAGCUACUCGGCGAAAGCUCACCGAUCUCUCCUACAGACAAAAGUCAUGCAUUUAGCACAGAGAAUAACAAAGACAUGCCUAUCGCCAGCCAAAGCCCUCCAGAGCAUCUUUCUAUAAACAGUGAUGGUGUCCCAGACGACUCUGUACCAGAGGCUAAACCGGAGUCAUCGCGUCCGAGCUUGAUGGAGAGAAGGCAGGGCUCUUCCCGAUCUAUAAAGGAUUUCACUCUCGGUGGCUCGCAGACUGAUUCAGGAGGAGACCAAAGUCCAACAACCGAUCAACCUACAAUAGAAAUCGAUCAUGUUUCUCCUCGCCAGAGUCCUGGUAAAGCCUCUCCGAAGGCUGGGAACAGUUUAUUUCCAAACACCGCCCCAGCUGUUGCCACUCCAUUUAUUGUCGGUGGGGAGAGACAGCUAGGCCAUGGACAACAAGAUUCCGUCAACAUUCAAGGGCCAACGAUCACUUUACAGGAAGCUACCCCUCGAUCAAGCUUGCGACCCUCAGAAGCUGAUACGGCUGAGACUUUGACCAAGGGAGAGAGCAGUGCAACUUCGACGAACGAAGGAAAUUCGGAGCUAGUAUCUAGAAAGAAGCAAAAGGCCGUCUCUCCCACAGCGGACCGACCACUUACGCCCAACUCCAUGCCUUCCAACAAGGAAGUCAAGUCUAGGAACUUCCUCAAAGCCUUCUGGCGGGUGGUUUUUGUUGAUUGGAUUGGAGGAUUCAUCACGAGACUAUGUGGUGGACGACGCGACGCGUAA